UUUGUUUGUAAUUGUAUCUCUUGAUUUUUUGCGACCUGAAUUUUCUUCCAUGUCUGCAACUACAAGUGUCUCAAUUCCAAACUUGACUGCCGUUGUCGCUAAGUUUUAGCAGAUAUGAGUAGCAACGAGUUUCGGUUCUUCUUGUCGUGCGACAUCAAUCUCCCGGUGACUUUUCGCGUCGAGAGAGUGGAAGGAACUUUGCCCUCUGCUAAAUCUACCGAUUCAGGAGUUGAUUCCACUGCAGAGGAGAGAAGAGCAGAGCUGUAUGUUGAGUGUGCUUUGUUCAUUGAUGGUGCUCCAUUUGGCCUUCCCAUGCGAACAAGGUUGGAAUCUACUGGACCAUAUUGCUGGAAUGAACUCAUUACCUUGAGCACAAAAUAUAGAGAUUUGACUGCGCACUCCCAGCUUGCUUUAACAGUUUGGGAUGUUUCUCAAGGGAAUGAUGACGGGUUGAUUGGCGGGGCCACCAUUCUUCUAUUUAACAGUAAAAUGAAGCAGCUUAAAACGGGUAAGCAAAAGCUUAGGCUUUGGCUUGGAAAAGAAGCUGAUGGGUCACAUCCUACAACUACUCCGGGAAAGGUUCCCAGGAAUGAGCGUGGGGAGUUGGAACGUUUAGAAAAGCUUGUGAACAAGUAUGAAAGAGGACAGAUACAACGUGUCGAUUGGUUAGAUCGUCUUACAUUUAGAGCUAUGGAGAAAAUUAAGGAACGAGAAAACAGUAGGAAUGGAAGUUCUUAUCUAUACUUGGUUGUUGAUUUCUGCAGUUUUGAACAUCGGGUUGUUUUUCAGGAGUCAGGAGCAAAUUUCUUACUACCAUCACCCAUCACUUCAACAAAUGAACUCGUUAUUGUGUGGGACCCAGAAUUGGGAAAGAUAAACCCCUCCGAGCACAAGCAACUGAAACUAGCAAGGAGCUUAACCCGUGGCAUCAUUGACAAGGAUCUGAAGCCAAGUUCUAAUGAACGAAAGUCCAUACAAAGAAUUCUAAAGUACCCACCAACUAGGACUUUGAGUGGAGAUGAGAGGCAGCUCCUCUGGAAGUUCCGGUUUUCGUUGAUGUCUGAGAAGAGGGCUCUCACUAAGUUCCUUCGAUGUGUUGAGUGGAGUGAUGUUCAGGAAGCAAAGCAGGCAUUAGAACUGAUGGGUACGUGGGAAAUGAUUGAUGUUAGUGAUGCAUUGGAGCUUUUAUCACCAGUAUUUGAAAGUGAAGAGGUUCGUGCAUAUGCUGUCAGUGUUCUUGAACGAGCAGAUGAUGAAGAGCUCCAGUGUUACUUGCUUCAACUGGUUCAGGCUCUUCGGUUUGAACGCUCAGAUAAAUCUUGCCUCUGUCAAUUCCUUGUGCAACGAUCAUUACGCAAUAUUGAGCUGGCUAGCUUUUUCCGAUGGUAUGUUGCGGUGGAACUUAAUGAUCCAGUUUAUGCCAGGCGUUUUUAUGUUACCCAUGAAUUUCUGGAAGAAAGUAUCUCAAAGCAGUUGGCAGCUGACAUGAACGGGGAAGACGAUGGAAAAAAGAUUUGGCAGAGUUUGGUACAUCAAACGGAAUUGACUGCCCAGCUGUGUUCUAUAACUAGAGAUGUAAGAAAUGUAAGGGGCAAUACCCAGAAGAAAAUCGAAAAACUGAGACAGCUACUCUCUGGUCUUCUUAGUGAACUUACAUACUUUGAGGAGCCAAUACGGUAUCCACUAGCUCCAAGUGUGCUUAUCACAGGGAUUGUUCCAUCAGAAUCAUCUAUAUUUAAAAGUGCUCUCCAUCCUUUGCGUCUGACUUUCCGCACGGCAAGUAAUGAAACUUGCAAGGUCAUAUUUAAGAAGGGUGAUGAUAUUCGACAAGAUCAAUUGGUGGUUCAAAUGGUUUCACUUAUGGAUCGAUUGCUUAAAGCAGAAAAUCUUGAUCUGCACUUAACUCCAUAUAAGGUGCUUGCUACUGGACAGGAUGAGGGCAUGCUUGAAUUCAUACCAUCGCAUUCUUUGGCACAGAUUCUCUCGGAGCAUCGUAGCAUCAUAAGCUAUCUGCAAAAGUUUCAUUCUGAUGAGCAUGGGCCAUUUGGGAUUACAGCUACCUGUCUUGAGACAUUCAUAAAAAGUUGUGCUGGCUAUUCUGUUAUCACAUACAUACUUGGAAUUGGAGACAGGCAUCUUGACAACCUUCUCCUAAGGGAUGAUGGCCGUCUUUUCCACGUCGAUUUUGGCUUUAUUCUGGGUCGAGAUCCUAAGCCGUUUCCACCUCCAAUGAAGCUUUGCAAAGAAAUGGUUGAGGCUAUGGGUGGCGCAGAAAGCCAAUACUAUACUAGGUUCAAGUCCUAUUGUUGUGAGGCAUACAAUAUCCUUCGGAAAUCUAGUAACCUAAUUUUAAAUCUGUUCCAUCUCAUGGCGGGUUCAAAUAUUCCCGACAUCGCUUCCGAUCCUGAAAAAGGAAUUCUUAAGCUUCAGGAAAAGUUUAGGUUGGACUUGGAUGAUGAGGCCUGUAUACAUUUCUUCCAGGAUCUUAUAAAUGAGAGCGUUAGUGCAUUGUUUCCCCAAAUGGUUGAGACUAUUCAUCGGUGGGCUCAGUAUUGGCGCUAAGGCUGGAAAUGAAUCAGGGUGAUUCUGCAGCCAAGGAGUGUUCAUAUUAGAUGCACGGUCCAAGAUCUAGAUAGUGUAAAUUAUUUUGUCGCGGCAACCACAUUGGUACUAUGGGGGCUGACAAACGGAGAGGCCACCUAGCUCUUAUGGAUGUUCUUACUAGUGCCAAAAGAGUCUGGUUCUAUGAAUUUAUUAUUUUGUCUUCUGUUUGUAGUUGGGAUUGGUUGAAACUAAGGAAGUCACGUUUGCCGAUGAUGUCUUAUCAACUAAUCCGAAGCAAACAGAAGUUAAUAUAUGUAAAUUAGCUCUAUUUUUAUCUUAUCAAGGUUUGCAAUGUAUAUAUGUCGGUUAUAUAUUUUUUUUGGGUGUUCUUCCCCACCCCCACCCCAAGGUCAUCAAUGUAAAUUGUGAGCCAGUCAUAUUUUACAACAAGCAAAUGCAUGAUGUUGCCAUA